AUGGCGGCCAGGUAUCUGCGAUACAUCGUCUUUGCCAUCGUCGCUCUCGUCGUCCUCUUCUUCAUCUCCAGCUCCUCAUCAGUCCCCGGACGCGAAUAUGCCCAGAGUGCCACAGACCUGCUCAAGGACUCGAGCUCAAGAUGGCGUGGCUCGCAAGAAGCUCACGGCGAUGUCAAGGAAUCUCACCCUGACCAGGGUACUACUCCCAACACGCACGCUGGUCUCCCUCCCGCAACAAACCCCGGUCCUCGCAUGAACGCUACCUUUGUUACUCUUGCCCGCAACUCGGACGUUUGGGAAAUUGCUCGUUCCAUCCGUCAGGUCGAGGACCGCUUCAACAAGAAGUUCAACUACGACUGGGUCUUCCUGAACGACCAGCCUUUCGACGACCAGUUCAAGAAGGUCACCUCGGCCCUUACUUCCGGAAACACAAAGUAUGGCGAGAUCCCCAAGGAGCACUGGUCUUUCCCCGAGUGGAUUGACCAGGACAAGGCUGCCAAGGUGCGCGCCGACAUGGCCGCCAAAAAAAUCAUCUAUGGAGAUUCGAUCAGUUACAGACACAUGUGUCGCUACGAGUCGGGCUUCUUCUUCCGCCACCCUCUGAUGCUCGAUUACGAGUGGUACUGGCGCGUUGAGCCCAGCAUCGAGCUCUUCUGCGACAUUGACUACGACACCUUCAAGUUCAUGGCCGACAACAAGAAGAAGUACAGUUUCACCCUCUCCCUGUACGAAUACGUCGAGACCAUCCCUACUCUUUGGGAGAGCACCAAGAAAUGGAUGAAGAACCAUCCCGAGCACAUUGUCGAGGGCAACUCUAUGGGCUUUCUCUCCGAUGACGGCGGUGACACCUACAACCACUGCCACUUCGACGGCGGUUUCUUCUACGAGCGCUGGGGAGAUGCUCCCGUCCACUCCAUCGCAGCCGGCCUGACGCUCAAGAAAGAGGAAAUCCACUUCUUCAACGACAUUGCCUACUACCACGUUCCCUUCACCCAUUGCCCCACUGGCGAGCAAUACAGAAUGGACCACAAGUGCCACUGCAACCCCAAGGACAACUUUGACUGGAACGGCUACUCAUGUGAGUNNACCGCCCGCUACUACGAGCUCAACGAGAUGGACAAGCCCGAAGGCUGGGAGCAAGACGGCAACUGA